CGGCCGCGGGGAGGGAGGAGGAUGACGGCCCCGCUGAUGAAGUGGAGGAGAGGACUGGAGGAGUUGCGAGGUGCCGUUCCUGACGCUCACCGGCCCACAAGUGGAAACCAGUUGCUCUCCCGGAAACAUGCACUGCAGGAGUGUGUGCUGUCACCGCUGGUCAUCCGAGGAGAGGCUGGAUGGGAAAACUGUCCUCAUCACUGGAGCCAACACUGGGAUUGGCAAAGAAACUGCCCGAGACCUGGCGAGGAGAGGUGCACGUGUCAUCAUGGCGUGCAGAGACCUGGAGAGGGCGGAGGAGGCACGGAACGAUAUUAUGGAGGACACGGGAAAUGAGAAUCUGGCCAUCAGGAAACUGGAUCUGUCUGAUACCAAGUCCAUCAGGGCCUUUGCUGAGAUUAUCAACAAAGAAGAGAAACAAGUGAAUAUCCUUAUAAACAAUGCAGGCAUUAUGAUGUGUCCCUACUCCAAGACAGCCGAUGGGUUUGAAAUGCAGCUGGGAGUCAACCAUUUGGGUCAUUUCCUCUUGACCCACCUGCUGUUGGACCUCAUCAAGCGGUCGGCUCCGGCUCGUAUCGUCGUGGUGGCGUCAGUGGCUCACACCUGGACUGGGCUGCAGCUGGAUGACAUUAACAGUGAAACUAGUUACGAUACCAUGAAGGCCUACGGACAGAGCAAACUAGCGAACGUCCUCUUUGCACGCCAUCUUGCUCGCCAGUUACAAGAUACAGGGGUCAGCGUGUUCUCCCUCCACCCGGGGGUGGUGCAGUCUGACCUGUGGAGGCACCAACACCAGUGCAUCCAGGUGGCAGUGAAAAUCUUCAGGGUUUUCACCAAGACGACAGUGGAGGGGGCGCAGACCACCAUCUACUGUGCGGUGGAGCCCGGCCUGGAGCGCCUGAGCGGCGGUUACUUCAGUGACUGUGCUCCGGCUCGCUGCUCGAGGGCUGCUGCUGAUGAUGACUUGGCCCAUAAGCUGUGGGAGGUCAGCUGCACCAUGCUCGGCAUCACCUGGCAGUGAAUGAAGGAUCAAGCUGUACUCUCCGUGUAAACACCACCGAUCUAAAGCACUCUCCAGCACUUUCUCUAGAGCCAUUAACAUUGUGAAUAUGGUCUGUUUUAUCACUUGAAGUGCGGUAGGGUCCGAAAGUAACUGGACUACUCCAAACUUCAUCCUUUUUUAUACAUAUUAAAACAAACCAUAUGUUUUUUUUUCUUUAGGAUUCAGUAUUAGACAUAUUUCAUUAUGUCAAAGGAAUAGUUUAUGAGUAUUAUCUUUUCACUGUAUUUGUACUAACCGAUGAGGGCAUUUUCUGUUUAGUUGUUUUUUUGUCGAGAGCAGAUGGAGCUCCUUUGUGAAGGUACGUUAAUUAGCAUAAUCUCACACUCGGUGAAAAUAAACCGAGGUGUCAAAAUUAUGUCAUAACUGCCAUAGACUUUCACUUGACACGUUCUCAGUCAGAGCAGACUGCAUUUGAUUCAGUCUGGGUAGAGUCCCUCGUAUCAGUGUUUUUAUAAAAAAUGCAGUCAGUUUCCCAGCGUGAAAUUCACUAAAGAGGCUCCCUUAUACUGUCACGACUAAAAUAGAUGUUUUAUGUUUUUGGGGUAAAUUUUUGCAGCUGGCAAUUUUUUAAAACUGGUUCAGAAAGUUCCUUAUCAUUGUUUUGAGGCUGAAAGUCAGCGGAACUAAAUAAAAUUGAUACAAAUGUAAUUUUCCAAUAAAAAGAAAACAAAACAGUUUCAGAUUCCCCUCUGGCUUGGUGAUGAGACUAAGGACACGUCUUCUGGGUUUAAGAUUUCUCAUGACUGUCUCCUCUCCACAGAGGUCAAGCCAGUUCAGUUUGGCCGCACAGCUGUGGAGUUGUGAUUGACUGAGUCUUAGGAUGUUUCAUGGUGGAUUACAGGGUUAAAGACAACAGAUGAUAUCUAGUGGAUUCUGAUUAAGUAGAUCCUCGAUUGUAGAGAGGGUUUAGGUCAAAACCCUCCAUUGAUUAACUCAGCACUUUUUGCAACUUAUUGAAUCACAGUGUACACUUGUUGAUCUGUAAAAAACUUCAAAGUUCAAUGUUGUCAUUGAUCGGUUACAUUGAAUUUAGUUGUGUCACACAUUCUCCAGUUUCACAUGUAAUUCCUCUUAAAAUUCUCUGAUGCAGCUGGAUUAAAGUAAUACACUGCAAAUGACUGCAACACACCAAGGUUGAUGGCUGUGAUCAACAUAAGGUUAGAAAGCUCCAGCAUGCUGAGCCUUUGUCGGAGAUGUGAAAUAUGUAACAGCAUGACAUUAGAGCUCUGCUUGUUUGUCCCAUUAUCACUUGCUGUUCUCAUUUUGAUUGCUUUAGUUAAACAACGUAUCAUUUGGAAUAAAUUAAACACAGUUAAGGAAGCCAGUGGCACCGACAUAGAUGGCUGAAUUGUGUGACCUACCUCAUGGUUGAUUUACUACAGUGACGAACAUGAAAGGUAACACUGGAAUCUUGCUGUGGAGGCACCAGGUAUUAUUUUAAAGGACGACAAUGAAAUGAAAAUGACAGACUUACAACGGCUAAUGAUAAACUGAAUCACAUGAGGGACCCUUGGGACCCUAAGGAAUGUGGGAUUAGCAAGAGGAAUGGCUACAUGAAUUGAACUUUAUCCUAUUUCUAAUUAUGCCUAUAAGUACAUGUAGGUUCACGCUGAAAAAUACCCCAAAAAAUGCAUCUUUUUAAACAACAAGAUCUAACUAAGUGUCUUGUUCACCAGCAUGAUAUUGGAUUUCUGACAUUUUGUUGCCUCUUCCAUUUUAAAAAGUUUGUCAAGGCUAACGUUUGGCAUAUUGUUUUUUUGUCCAUCUCAUUAUGUUUUUUUUUCUAAUUUUGAGGCAUUUCCUUAUGUUGUUUCCUCAAUAACAAGAUUGCAUUUAAACUUCUAUUUCAGUUUUUUUUUUAACAGAUUUUUUGAUAUGAUGCUAUGCUUAUAUAUGCUUAUAAAUGUAUAUAUGCUGUUUCAAAGUAGAGGACUGGUUGGAUGUUGAGUUGUGUAUAAAAUAAAUCCUUUCAAAGUAGUUUCCUGAAAACUGUAUAAUCAGCUGGUAGUGCAGCCGCCUCGAAGCUAGAGGGUCCUGGGUUCAAUUCCUGCUGGGGACGCUGUGGGUGCUGAGUGCGUGUUUACUUCCCCCAUGACUUCAGUGCCCACACCCUGGGUGGGGUUGGUGAAAGGCCUUUCUGUGUGGAGUUUGCAUGUUCUUCCCUUAUUGCCUUGGGUAGCUAAUGUGAGCUACCCUCACAAAAACCUGGGCUAUACAUGGUCCCCUCUGGGUGCCAGAUGGGGUGGGGAGGAUCUGGCUGGAAUAACGUGAUUCCUUCCACGCGCUACGUCCGGCCAGAGAAGCCCCACCCUGUCUGGUGAGAAGAAGCGGCUGCUCACUCCUCAGGUUAAGGAGGAGACCUGAGCUCAGUGUAGGCCCUCCUGGGGUUGGCUGAGGGUGAGCAAUGCCCAGGACUGACUUAGGUAGGAGCACUGGGUGAAAAAAUUGGAAAAAAUCAGGGAUAAAAACAUAAAAAAAAAAUCAACAGCAAAAAAACAAAUGUAUAAUCACCUGACCCUCUCACUCAAUUCAUAAUGAUGUCAUUGUAAUCAAUUGUAAGUUAAAUAAUCACUGUUCUUAUUGCGGGGCGGUUAAUUGGUGACUCUAAAUUGCCCGUAGGUGUGAGUGUGAGUAUGUCUGGUUGUUUGUAUAUCUAUGUGGCCCUGUGAUGGACUGGUGACCUGUCCAGGGUGAACCCCUGCCUCUCUCCCGUAAUGAGCUGAGAUAGGCUCCAGCAGACCCCCGUGACCCUGUGAAGGAUAAAGCGGGUAUAGAAAUGGAUGGAUCGUUUUAUUGCAUCAGAUGUUGAAGAAAUACCUUUCUAGGCAAAUAAAUUGACUAUUUUUUGCAAAAAAAAGAGAAAACUGUGACGAAUGUGGUCAUUUGGUACAAAGAUUAAAAAAAAGGUUUAAGGCAAUUCAGAGAAAAAACACGUAUGACAAUAAUGGAAAUGUUAAAGCCUUACCUUAAGGUUUAAGCAUAAACAUACUAUU